AUGCCGCGCCGACCACGACCUGUAACUAGGCGGCCUCAACCCACAACUGGAGCACAAAAAGCCUCUUCUACGAAACCGAAACCCACUACUACGCGUAAACUUUCGGAUGCACGCUCCGACUCCAGCGCAGACUCUGAGUCGGAUGUGGACGACCGCGGCGAAGGGCCAAGUAGUCUAGGACACGGGAGCAGUGACGAGGAAGGGGAGGAGAGCGACGACGCGGUGGAUCCUGAUGCUCCGCGCAUUGCUCAAUGGCAGGACGAGGACGAGCUGGAGGAGGAGGAAGCCGAAGAGGCUCAGGAGGAUAACGAAGAUACGUUGGAAAACGAUUUCCGCUCGUUACCUUUCGGGACUCUAAGAAAAGCACAACGUGCAUUGGCGCAGGCUACUGCCGACUCGGAUGAUGAGGGGGACUCAGAUGCCGAUGGGGACUCCGGAUCGGAUGGUGAUGGGCCACGCGCAUUGAGUAGCAAAGGCAAGGAGAAGGAGAAGGAUGAACCAAAGCACAAAAAAGUGGCAGUGAAGAGGUCGAGCAAGCACGCCCCACAGGAGACUACUUCUAAGCGCCCUGUGUCUUGGCACAGGCAAGUCGUGGAGGCGCACAAAUUGGAACCUCGCGACCCUCGCUUCCUCUCAACAGCCGGCUCUCUUGACGCAACAAAGUUUCGGUCUCAGUAUGACUUUCUCGCGGAUCUGCACAAGGACGAGUUAUCGACACUGCGAGAGAACCUCAAACGUGCUCGUAAACUGCUUGUAUCUUCCCCACGAGAUCAACGCGCCAAGCGCGAAGCCGAGGUUGAGCGUCUCGAACGUGCCGUCAAACGUGCAGAAAGCGCUGUCAAUCGAGAUAAGCGUGAGCGCGUAGAGCAGGAGGCUAUCGCCAAAGCUACACAUGAAGAAAGGGAGAAGCGCAAGCAGGGCAAGGGCGCGUUCUACCUGAAGGAUGCUGACAAGAAGAAACUCAUGCUCAAGGCGCGUUACGAGGCGAUGGCAGCCGAGGGCGGGAAGCGCGCGGUCAAAAAGGCUAUCGAGAAGAAGCAAAAGAAGAUCAGCCAGAAAGAGACGAAAGCGAGACCUUUUGCGCGGGGGAGCGUCGUCGGCGGCGGCGCACCAACGUCCAAUAAGCGUCCCGGCGAACCCAGGGAACGCGACUCGGGAUGGCCAAAACGACGCAAAGUCGGCUAG